CAUCUAACCACAAGAACCUGGGAGAGCUAUUAGGUCUCGCUGCUUCUCGAAAUUGCCUCUGAUAGAUUUGUGAUCGGUCUAGCACGAGUUAAACGAACUAUCAAAGAGUUAACUAAACCGUUGGGCAAGCACCGCCAUGCCAAGCAGGCAUUCUGUUUUCUUCGUGGCUCGGUGAUACUCUAUUAACACGUGGUUCCACUAAAAGCUCGGAAACAACGUGUAGACAUAUUUGUAAGUGCCGUUGUCUCAUGCACGCUGUGUUUUCACAAGUCACAGCGCCCACGGUAAUCAUGCGAGUGUUCGUUGAGUGAAAAGACCAGUUUUUGGAUUACGACAACGUUGACAAGCGCUGGAUACUCCAGACAUUUACACUUCACGCCAGAGUGCAUUUCUACAGACAAAAAGUGUAUUUGAAGUCAGUGACAUCCCAUUGAGAUAAGGCUUCUUCUGAAGUUGGUUUGACCUGGAUUACCAUUAUUGCUGCUUUUCUGAUGGCAAGGUUGGGAACCGCAGGUGUACAUGACUUGGAGCAGACUGGAUUAAGGAGUGCAUGUUCGGAAACCGUGUAGGCAAUGAUAUGGACCAAAUUACUCAGAUAACUCUCCGCUCAAAGUAAUCCUCCAGCUUGUCAGAGAAAAUCUGGGAUUGAAUGACAGACAGAAGGAGUGAUAUGAACAGAAGCUGAUCAAAUGCCAGGUGUAUCAACGUACAACUUGACUACAAGGAUUUGAAUACAGUUCACAGUCAGGAAGGCGUUUCAUCCCUCAUUUUGAACAUACGAAUACAGAAGUAUUUCAUAACCUCUUUUCAAAAGUCAUUUUGUUAUAAGACAUACUUUUUUUAGUCAUGCGAUUACAAGUAUACGCAAAAAUAGUUUAACAGUAGGUAUUUUUUACUGUGAAUGUACUUGUCAAGUGAAUUAUGGGAUUGUUAAGGACUGUGAAGUACAAUGUGAUUGUUUGACUACAUUCUGUAUUCUGGGAUAUAAAAGACUUGGACAUUUAUGAGACUUGUGACUGACACCGUGGUGGAUCUUUGAUUUGGAUACAGUGUGAAUAACAACAUUGGAGAACAUUACAAAGAGAAGACAUUAUUCAACGAGAACUGAAAUGUGACAAAGUAAUCCGGGUCAAGUGACAAUCUUUGGAUACUUCUUACUACAAUCUGACCUGCUGUGGGAUUUUACCAGUGGUCUGAUGAGUGUUGACCGCCAAAGAUGAGGUUUGAGGCCGGUCAGCCAAAGAGUAGCAUCUGCCGGGCGUGGCAGGUGAUCAGUUCACUAUAUUGUCGUCUACUACAGCUCAUCGUCUUCCUCGUCAUCUCUGUGGCACUCUCAGGUUGCAGCGAGUCAGUCAAACGCCAGUUGACACCAACUCCCAAGUUCCUGCCAGGCAAUAUGAACGUGACAGUGAGGGAGGGUGCCAUGGCAGUUUUACCCUGUAAAAUAAGAAAUUUAGGAACGAAAAAGGUAGCGUGGCGGCGACUUAACUCUGACCAGUUUCUGACGAUUGGCAAGAUCACAUGGAUCAAGCAAGUAAAUAUGAUGGUGGAGCAUGAAACACAGCCAGGGGACAUAACUACAUGGGACUUGUUAAUAAAGAAUGUCAAGGCUAAUGACACAGGGAUUUACGAGUGCCAGAUCACAUCUACACAGGAAUAUGCAUAUCACGUACAGCUGAAUGUCGUUGGUCCCCCGAUCACAAACCCAGAUAUACGCACUUCCAAACCAGCUAUUUCAGUGAUUGGCAGUACUUACGUGGACUAUGGCGAAUCAAUCAAGCUGAUAUGUAACGCCACCGGAGGACCUCACAUACCAGAGGAGAUUGACUGGUUCAAGGAUGGAGAUAAAAUAGAUGCACACAAAUAUAAAGAUAUUGUUAUAACAAAAUAUCGGUCACUGCGGUCACAGUCGAUGACCAGUGAGCUCCUGGUGGACCGAAGCACCACUGACCAUUCAGGAACAUAUAUCUGCAGAAGUUCACAAGAUGUCAUCGCCAGCAUUAAAGUCACAGUCCUUGUUGAACCAACAAUACUAGAACGAUUUCAACGGAAAUCAAAUUAUAGCACUGAUACAACAAAUGUAAAACGUGGUACUGGUUCCCAGAUCCAUCCGAACCACGCAGGGGUAUCUAUCUCAAGCUAUGCAAAAACAUCGCUGAUGUUGUCCCUAGUUGUCUCCCUUCUCCUGGUUCGCUGUGUCUUAUGACACUGACACCUAGAUCAAGUUAUCUGUGCCUUAUACAGUCUGGUGUACAUGUAGCUGAACAAGCAGUCAGCAAUAUGAUUGGUGCAAUCUAUUUUCCACUUUCAAAACAACCAAUGAGACAUCAAACAGGCUGGAGGUUGGUUUCUAUUGGUUGCUGAAACUGUCCAAUGGAAUACAAUGGAGUUACAGCCAAUGAGAGAAAGAGGUCUGUGAAAGGAUUCACCUGAUUGGUCAAGAAGGAUCCUAUGAGGUUACUUGUGAAAGUGAGGCAAAAUCAUAGGAAGUAAACCUUCCAAUGACUGGACAAGUAUGAGACUUCCAUUUAAAUCAGCAUUUGAUUUAACAAGACAUGUUGAUGUCCUAUAAUAUUUCACACUAUUUUGUACAGGAUAAUCUUAAUAAAAACAUGGGAGAGUGCAAUCUGUUCUCACAUCAACUGACAGAUGAAGAAAGAGCUUUGGUUACUAUGUAACCAGAGUCUUUACCUGUAAAGGGAUUUGUGCAAUCUGAUUGGUGCAAAUGAGACACCUCCAGCUAUGAUUGGCUGGUUUGGAUUAAGGCAGCAUUACAGGCUGAUGUUGAACUCGUACAUUACUUUACACGCUGUCCAUGAGUCAACCUCGGCUACGGAGGCCUAGAACUGUUUCUUUCUCCCAAAUUAAAUUUCAUACAAUGCCAUUGUACUUAACAGGUUCUCUGACUAACACCUAACACAGAAUUGGACACAUCAAAAUAGAGUUGAAUCUUUUAACAGCUAUGUGACAUUUCGAAGUGUGUGUCAGCCAUGUUGUAUAUGUUGCUUGCUUCUGAGUUUUGCCUCAACUUGAAUCGGGGCAGAAAUAUACAAAUUUGUAUAUUUCAGAAAUAUGACUUGUUUUCAAUGCCAGUUAUUUAUGAUUGUCUUGGAACAUUUCUCAAAGGUUGUGAUGGCUGCAUUUCUGUGGGAAUUCAGUUUUUGCAAAUCAGGUGUGUUUGCACAGACAUGUUUGCAAGAUUGACGCUGGAUGAAAGUCAGUUCAAGCAUGAGUUUCAAACUACGUAAUUUGUGCACUGAAAGACCAAAGUUGACUUUGAACAUCGAAACAUUUUUCAGUGAAAUUGAAUUCUUCGGAAUCUGAAGUCGACUACUUCCUGAUUUUUGUUUAAAAGCAUAGUGUUAAAAGAACAACAAUCAAGAACACAGCUUUGAAAUGAAAUUAGAUGCACCACAAGACUAGCACAGCUUUGAUGGUAAAGGACUGUGACUCCUGAAGAUUGACUCCAUGACAGACUUAUUCUCCAACUGCCACCCCAAUUAUUUUAGGAAGAUCAAGAUUUCACAAGAGUGACUGCUUGAGUUUCACCCGAGUGUACAUCUUGAUAUCCUGAUUUCCUAACUGCUGUUAAUGUGUUCUUUCACAAGCAGUAGAAUUGUAUAUAAGAAAUGAUAAUAACAACUAAGUUGUACAAUUUGUAAAGUAUGUAUUCACGUUUACCUGUACAGAGAGGCAUGUACAGUACAAAGGUGUACAGAUUGGAUAGGCUAGAUUUUGUUGUACAGUAUAAUAUAUCAGGAAUUUGUGAUAUGCACAGGUUAAAACAAGGAAUUUGUACUGUAUAAUCUCUGAAAAUUUGAACAUUUCUAAUUAAAUAAUAAAUUUGAAGGUACUUGUAUAAAAGAAAAUGACAAUAAUAAAAUGUAUAUCAAUAAAUAUUAUAUUAUUGGAAUUGAAUAAAUAUUGAUCACAUACUGAAUGAAAUAUGAUGUACUUUAACCUUUAGUGUUAGAUAAUAAAUAAUACCUGAUAAUGUUUUUUUAACUUUGUAUUUCAUGUAAUCAUAUAUGAAAUGUAAUUUCUGAAAGUAAAUAUGGAAAGAAAAUGUUUGCAUGUUCAUCUUGGUGGAGUUUAUGCAGUAUGACUGAUGCCAAGCAUCACGGCAGUACAAUCAAAUUAGGCCUAAAUAUGAAUGUUGUGGUUCUGUACAAGAACAACCAACACAGGGUUGGUCGUCAGGUUAAUCAUGUAUCAACAGAAUAUAUCAAGCUGAAUAUCAAUGUUGCAUCUGCAAUGUAUUUGGUGGGAAUAUAACUGCAACGAUGGCAACGAAAAGUAAAACGUAGGAUUGGUUGAAAUAUUGGAACUACAACAUUUAUUAAUUUAUGCCAUAGGGACUGACCAUUUGCUAUUCUUAGAAGCUAGGCUUGGCAUUUAAGAAAAUACUGGGAAAAAUAAUAAAAGGGGAAAAAAAAGAGAAAACAAGCCUUUCGAUAAUCAUAAAUAUAAAAUGUCAAUGCCAGAGAGUAACAAGUCUCAAUUAUCUGACAAAACAGAUUCUGUUGGGUGUAACAGGCAAAAUAGUGGUGAAAAUUAUAUGAAAUGACCAAAAGCAGAGUCCAUUGUAUGGUUCAGACUGCAUGUAUAUCUUAAGCAUGUGUUUAUGAAUCACUAUCAGAUAGAUAUGAUACAGGUGUUCCUGAAAAGGUGAUAGUAUCCUGCCACAUCAGUGGCACCUGUCACAAACACAAGCAAAGGCAAGUCAAGUUUGAUGGACUUGCUGGAUGUCCUGAAAAUAAGUGGGUUGUGAAAGAAAACAAAAUUAUUCGACCUCUCCUUUCAGAGAAAUAUAUAUGUGUGUUUUGAAGAAGUGACCAAAACAUAUCAAAUCUCUUACAAAAGUCCCAGGUUCCUCUCCACCCCCAGGAUAUAAAAUGGUCACUCCCGAUUCAUAAAAAGUCAGUGUAGUUUUGUGUCCAGGGCACAUAUUUGUGUUUUACGUUUUUUUUGUGCAUUGACAUCAGUUAUUAUUUUCAUGAUAUAAGAAUUCUUACAAAAAAUUCAAGGAAAAAGGAAGUACAUGUAUCGCUACAUGGAUUUUUUGGGUGUUGGAUAGGGUCAGUUUAAUAGCAGACGUAACUCCAAUUAAAACUGAAUGUGUAAAUAUGUAAUCAUAUUCUAUCUUCAUUUGAUAUGGUUUAAACAGUAUCUAUUUCUUUUGUUUGAAAUGGAUUGGAGUACUGUUACUGACCUAUUUUGGUUGUAUUUCUGUUUAAAUUGAAAUAUUUUAGAUUUAAUAUUUGAUCUGUACAAUAGAAAUUGAUAUCAGGACAUUGUACAAAAAACAUCUGUCUUGAAUGGGAAAUGUUGUGUUUUAAUACUUUUAUAAAAUUUUUGAUUCAUGGCAAAUAAUAACUCAUGAAAAUACCUUUCUUUUUCAAACCAAAAAUAUUCCUUCUGGUCACAAGUGCUGUCACUAAUCCACUCACAUUACAUUACACUCAUUGAAGGGUAUAUUUUCAAGAGCUCGGGAAAACAUGUAAAGAUGGAAUAUAUAUUUGUUGGUUUUUUUCACCAAAGAGUGAAAACAUUUCAAAAUUCCUGGGAUCUUGAAGAUAUUUCAAAAGUUGACGAUUUUUUUACACUUAAUAUCAGAAGCCUGAUGUACAUAUAUGAAUUGAUCAAGACUUAUUCAUCUUCAUCUAAAAAAUCAUAAAGUUAAUUUUUUCACAUUGUUUGAAAAAAACCCAACUUCCACGUGUUUACUGACAAAUGUUGCAUAGUUUAGGCUUAUAUGGAGGUCAUUCAUUUGUUAUUUUUAUGUAUUUUGUAACAUAAAGUAUAUCACUAAUAAAGGUAAUAUCUUCAUAAUUUCGUGAAAGUUGUGCUAAUGAAAUGGAAUUAUUUUAUGUUGGUAUAAAAAAUAAUUGUACAUUAAAAGUGAAUUGUCUUUGAAUACUAAGUAUUUUAAAUUAUUUGUUUUCCUGAUUGUAAGAAGUUUGCAAUUGUUAAACAUUCUGACAAGUAUGAUGAAAUAUUUCAUGGGAACUCAUAUUAGUGGUUGAAAUCUAAGUCAUAGGCCUUGAACUCUCAUUUUCUGCCAAAAUCACCAAGUGUUGAAGAAUGCAUCUUAAAUACAGAUGAAACUUCAAAAUAACGCGGCUGAUUAAAAAAGCAGAGUGGAAGUCAGCUGUAUCUGCCUCUUCUCCAGUCUUCUCCUCGUUAGUCUCCUCUGUAGGUUUCACUCCAUUACCUUGAGGAGGAGUGCAGAGACAUAGAGAGUAUGUUCACACUGAGUCUGACAUUCUACUUAAAAGGCAAUGCAAGGAAAAUGGCAAAAUAUGCAGAAAACAGUAAUUUGUUAUAUUUAAAACCAUCAUUCCAACUAUUGCUUGUUGAUAAUGUUUACAUGGAAGUAAAUUUCAUGGUAUCAAUUAGACUGUGAAAUCCAUAUUUGAUAUUGAUAUUUCCGACGUGUAUUAGAAAAGAUGGUAUUUUGCUUCUCUACAUACCUUUCUAAUACAAAUGCUAUAGUGGGAUGAAAUGACUUCGCUUGGAAAAUAAUUUUAGAAUCUUCAAGCAUGGGUCCUGUUAAGCUAGUCAACGUUUGGUUGAACAGAGAAUGAUGGGGAUCAAAUGUACCUCUAAUAAAUGUUUUUCUCAUUAGUUGAAGCAGAAAGCAUGAAAAUACUUCCAAUGUUAAGAGGACAGAGCAAGUCAACUGUGUCACAUACUGAGAAUGUAUUUAAAAUCUUAGAUUAUUUUUUUUAAUGAAUUUUAUGUGAUAAUUUGAUCAUGAUUUUAAAAAAUAAUCAUGCCUUUGGUUGAAAUAUUUCUCUGAAAUAAUAAACAACUUACAAGCACAUACCAGUAUAUGAUAUUAAUAUUUUUCAUGUAUCAAGUGGAAAACAUUAUUACAGUAACACUUUGGUAGUUUCAAGGACAUCUUGUGUAGGACGUCAACGGAAUCCAUUCUACUUACGAAGGAACACAAACAACAUACUAAGAUACAAAGACAACAAAGUCACAUGAUUCGUUAAUCCAGAUAUUUGUUACUCCAGAUAUUUUUUACUCCAAACAAUCUCACUGGGAAAAGGACCUUCAGGAUAAACAGUUUCACAGUAUAUAGUUGUGUUUACCAGAUGAAAAACAACAAACUCUUUGCUUUGUACUUAAGAUUAGAAUAGCUUUUGGAAAACCUUGGUGCAUCUAUAGUCUCAAUUUACUGUAUUAGAAAUAUGCAGUCAACAAAGAUUGGUUUGAAUAUUGUGUGUUUAAAAAGCUUUUUAGUCAUCAACAGAGAUCUUGUUUCAACUGUUGUGAAUAGAAAUAGCAAAUUUAUCAGAUCAGGAUAGAUUGGUUGCGUUUCUAUUUUGUUACGUUUCUGUUAUUUGUUUUUGAUUAGCAUACAAUGGUGCAUCACCAUGGCUACUGCUUGCUCUACCUCAGCUAAUCAAGUCACUUCGUUAAGGUAAAGGUCAUCUUCUAUUUGUGUUUCCAUCACAAUCAUUAACAAGGAUAUAUUUGUGUAAGAGAUCAAGUCUCAUGUAUUUAGUUCAAAUGUUGAUUCGCAUGAAGACUGUGUGCAAUGUACUGACAUAAAUAUCAGGAUAUCUGAUUAAAGUAAACAAUAAACAAGUUAUCUGUG